AACGGGGAUGCCGCGGGAUUAAAUUAGGGGAACACGAAAAGCUGAAAUAGGGCCAUCCGGCCGUUCUAGAGCUUUUGAGCUUCAGAGGAACUGCAUGCGAGGGCCUGGCAUGUCGACAGUCCCGCCGCCACCUCGGCGCGGUCACGUGGGAGCGCUCCCGAGCCUCCUGAACCUACGCCCCCUCGCAGAAUGGACGGGCCGCCUUUCAGCGGAGCCCUGCGAACGCUCCACACGCAUUUACGGACCCACGCUGACUCAGGGCUUUCAGCGGUCCGGAGCCCGGAGCCCCGAGUCCCGGCGGUGCGGUCGGUCCAGCGGUCCGGAGCCGCGCGUCUCCGCGCCUUUUCACUGCACUGCAGCAUACAGGCAGCGCGCGGAACGAUGCGCAAAAGUGGAUUAAAUUAAAAAAGAAAAAAAAACUUAUUUCCAAAACAGAAGGAAUAACAACUGACAGCUGCCGUCUGUCGUAAUCUACCGGCUGAUUGACAGCCACGUGGAUUAUUGAGUGAUUGAUAACCAGAGCUACAAGCUGCUGUGCAAUGGACCAGGCUCCUCUGCGCGCUCUGCUGUCCGUAGGAGCGGUGCUCGCCUCCGUCAUGGGUGUGGCCGCGUGCGUGACUCAGGAGGAGGACACCACGUACACCUGGCUCCAGACGAAGGUACCAGUGAUGCAGGACAGGCACACCGUGCAUCUCAGCAGGCCUGCUUUCACGGCCGAAGCUGAGAGCGAGUUGAGUGCCGUGUGCGGGAUCGAGUGCCAAAGCCUACUCUCCCGGCCCGAUGUGGCUGAGCUGGAAAAGCUCCUGUCCUAUGAGACCGUUUAUGAGAAUGGCACGCGCACGCUAACCGCAGUUUCCCUGCAGAGCCCAGGGCCGGCCUGGGACGAGCCUAUGUUGAACGUUUCUGCUCGCCCUCGGCACAGACGGGAGCUGUAUGGUCCGGACAGCCGCUUCACCAUCGCUGACUCGCAGUACUCCACAAACUACCCUUUCUCCACCACGGUCAAGGUCUCCUCCGGCUGCUCCGGCAUCCUUCUGUCCCCCAAGCAUGUGCUCACGGCUGCACACUGCAUCCACGACGGCCGGGACUAUGUGAAGGGCGCCAAGAAGCUGCGGGUUGGUUUUUUGAAGCUGCGCUCCAGGCGUCAGGCUGGGGGCAAAGGGGCUCGUGAGAGAGGGGGCAGGAGAAGAGGAGAAAAGAGAGGGCAGCGGAGGGAGGAAGCACAGAGAGCAAAGAAGCGCAGCAGACGCAGUGUACCUCCUCAGCGGCCUUCCUUCCAGUGGACCAGGGUAAAACGCACACAGAUCCCCACAGGAUGGUUCAAGGACGUGUCCCAGGAAGUGGCCCUGGACUACGACUAUGCCUUGCUAGAGCUGAAGCGUCCCCAGAAGCAAAGGUUCAUGGAUUUGGGCAUUGUUCCAUCUGUUAAGAAGUUACCCGCAGGGCGAAUCCACUUCUCGGGCUUUGAUGAUGACCGGCCAGGCCAGCUCGUGUACCGGUUCUGCUCGGUCUCAGACGAAUCCAAUGACCUGCUGUACCAGUACUGCGACGCUGUGCCGGGGUCUAGCGGCUCAGGAGUGUACAUCCGCCUGAAGGAACCUGGCAAGAAGAAGUGGAAGAGAAAGAUCAUAGCGGUGUUCUCUGGCCACAAGUGGGUGGAUGUGAAUGGGGUUCAGCAGGACUACAACGUGGCUGUGAGGAUCACACCGGAGAAAUACGCCCAGAUCUGCCACUGGAUCCACGGAGACUCCAACGUGUGCCGCAGCACCUGAGGGUUGUGGGGUUGUAGCCUCUUUGCCGACGGUGGUCAAGACGUGCUACAGUCGAGUGCCUCCAGACACUGUCCAUCGCUAGGAGAACAGAAACUUGAGACAAAGCAAGUGAGAGAAUCCUGCCUGUUUAGAUUUUUAUUUAUUUGAAAACUGAAUGCAGUCUUAGAAAUAGUAUUUUGCUAUGAAAAUUAUCAGUUUCUAGGCAAAUUAAAGUUUAAGCAGGGACAUAAAAUUCAACUGUUUUUCAAAGAAAGAAAUUACUAUGACAACUUGUUGGAGCUGAUUGGUUUAUGUCGCCGAUUAAAAAAAAAUCUGCUGUUUCUGAUGCAGUAGGGUAAUGCCUGGUGUUCUCAUCUGCAUGUACUGUAUCUUCCACUAUCUUCGCAAGCUACAUAUGAAGUAAGUAGCUUCAGCUAUCAUGUGACCCAGAAAAAAAAUAUUUUUUUCUUGAGAUAUAAACCUUUGGCGCAUACUUGAUGAAAUGAUGAAAAAGAUAGUGCUGGUGCUUGUUUAUUUCUAUUUCGUUGCAAUACAAGAAUUAAACCAAUUUAUAACUGGAUCCAGAAGGAUUCUUGCUGAGUUGUUGAGUCAUGUCUUGUCCAGUCUUUAUGUCAUGUAUAUUACUCUCAGUGCACAAUGGAUAUGGGGGCUCGACAUUAAUAAUUUGUGUUGGGUUGUCCACAGGUUUUUAACUGUCCAUUUUUGGAACAUAUUGGAAAGACAAUAUAAUGUCUAAAUUUAAAACACCCUUUAAUGGACAGGAACUCAACAGAAAUGUACCAAUUUAUCUUGCUAGCAAUAAAAUUUUUAUCCAAAAAUAAAUUUCACAGAGAAUAAAUUUGAAUGAAUAUGA